CAAAACAUCCACAAACGCUCUCGCAUCCACACCACACAGAGAGACAGGAUGGCUCACCAUCACCACCACCAUCAGCACGGCCAGGCAGCGUCCUCGUCGUCGUGGGUGCAGUCCACGACUGGCGGCUGGCAGGUCAGUCCAGAACGGACAGCACCGACGGCAACUGCAGCGCCCACCACCGCAAAUGCUAAGGAGCAGGCGUGGGCGCAGGCGCAGUCCGCAUUGAGCGCCAUUGCAAUGAACACAAGCGUUGGCAGCCCAGCGCCAGCAACAAAGUCAGGGACAAGCAAGACUUCAACAAGCAACUCAUCAUCAGCUCAGCCUGCAGAGCAACAGCAGCACCCGUACCAGCAGUACUCAGCGCAGCAGCCCUACGCGCAAGGCUAUCCUGGCAGCACAUAUGGUGCUUACCCGCCACCUCCCGCUCCUCCGCCUGGAUCGUCAGUCACAGCCGGACACGGAUGGUACGGGUCCUACUAUCCGCCCCCGCCAUCACACACGCCCACCUCACCAAUGGCCACAGGCCCUCCAGGCUCGUUUACCUCCAUGUACCCAUCCCAGCAGCCCCCGUACCCACCAACAUAUCCACCACACACCCCGCCGCACCAGCAGCAACAGCAGCAGGCGCCACAAUCCCCAUCCACCUCAUCAGCUCAGCCAUCAUCUUGGGCAGCCGUAGCGUCGCAGAAUACAUCAGCUGCACGCUCAUCCUCAUCCUCUACCAAUGCAAACGCCUGGGCAUGGUCCACCGGAAAGACAGGCCCCACCCUCCUGGAUGUGAAGAUGUCAUCGGCAGGCACAUCAACGGCACCAGCAGCGAAAGACUCGGCAGCGGGCGUGCGCUUCUCCCUCACGACCCCAGCCAGAAAAACCCAACCUUCCACCCCGUUUGCCAAACACGGGACAACGGUGUCAUCAGGCGCCUUUAUCACCGCGGACACUGGCGCCCUCCCAUCAAAGAAAGCAAAGAGCGGUGGCAGCAGUGGCGGUGGCGGUGUGUCUGAAGCAUUCAAACAGUACUGCUUGAAAUGCUACGGCAGCUGUGCCAACAAGAAGGAGCGCAUGGAGAUGAAGAGCAUCCUCAAGUCCAAGUAUGAGCAAGCAAAAGCAUCGGGCGCAACCGUCGACUGGACAAGCAUGCCCAUCCCCGAACUCAAGUCGAAGAAGAAGAAAGGCCAGUCCGCAUCUCCCGCGAAGCAUAAACGGACCGCAAAGCAGCGCAAGCAGCAGAGAUCGAGCUGGCUCAAGGAGCAAUACCAAGCACGGGCCAGACGCAAGGCAGAGCUUGUGGUGGGCACGUGCAUGGAUCUUGAGAAAGAAUACUUUCGUAUCAAGGAUGAGGUGGAUCCAUCCACAGUUAGGCCAGAACCCGUCCUCAGGGAGGCUUUCAAGCACGUCAAGCAAAAAUUCAAACGUGGUGGUGUUGGCUACAAGUGGAUUUGGAGCCAACUCAAGGCCAUUCGCCAGGACCUCACGGUUCAGCAUAUCCGCAACAAGUUCACAGUUCAAGUGUAUGAGACGCACGCGCGCAUCGCUUUGGAAUACGAUGACCACGAGGAGUUCAAUCAGUGUCAGUCCCAGUUGAAUCGUCUCUACAAAGAAGGCAUCGAGGGUUCAAGGGAAGAGUUUCUUGCGUACCGCUUGCUUGAGUACAUGUACAAGCAGAGCGAUCGAGACCUUGGUGCGCUACUGGCUGAGCUCACUGAGGAUGAACGCCACCUCCCCAACAUUCGACACGCCCUCAGUGUCCUCAAGGCGUACUCUUGCAGCAAUUACGCCAAGUUCUUCAAGCUGUAUGAUACCGCACCCGGCAUGGCGCCCUACCUCAUGGACAUGCUCAUGGUCCGCGUCCGGAAACGAGCGCUUGCAGCGUUUGCCAAAGCAUAUCGUCCAUCUGUGCCCUUGACCUUCAUUCAGGAAUACUUCAGGUUUGAUGCACGCGGCGACCUCGACAAGUUCCUCAAAGACAUGGCUGUGGAAAAUUGUGUGGCCAAGGGCGCACUCGACUGUCGUGCAGCCACACGCAUCCUUGGGGUGGGCACUUUUUCCACGAAAUAAACACUGUUGAGAUUG